AUGGGCCGGUUCCUCAUCUUUUCUUCUCUCAGCGUCUGCUUGUUGCUCUUGCCUGGUGUCCUUGCUGGCCUGGAACCACGGCACAACCUCCCAUCGUUGGCACUCGCCGCGGGUCUUUUAGUCCCGAGUUUGUUUGUCCAAGGCGUCUCUGGCUAUGUCUUGCCAGUGACUCCGUCAAAACAGGAGUUGGCGUGGAGACGUGACUCGCUUGUCCCGCGGAAGCACAGGGGCAACGGCCGCAAUGGUAACGGCGGUGGCGACGGUGCCGCUGCUGCCGCUGCCGGUGCCAAUGGGACUGAUACUCAAGCUACCGCUGAUGCUGUUGCUGCCAACGGGACAGAUACUCAAGUUACCGUUGAUGCCGCUGCUGCCUGCAUGGCUGCGGCCAUGGAAGCUGCAGUCAAUCAGACCGGUGUGGCCAACGUCACCGAGGCUGUGGCUGCGAGCAACACCACCAUGUCCGCGAUCGCGAGCGCCUGUGCCGGCAACUCGACGGACCUAGUCCAGGCAGUGUCUGCGGCGACCAACGUGACGGCCGCGUCAGCCAACGUCACAAGCGACGCAGCCGCAAACAACGCCACAGUCGAUGCUACAGACUCGGCGGGCAACUCCUCGUCGACUGAUACCGGGACCGGCAAUAACAAUGAUAACGGCAACGGUAACGGUAACGGUAGCGGCAGAGGUCAAGGCAGAACCAGCAAUAGCGACAACGGGAACGGCAACAGCAAUAGCAACAAUAACAACAACAAUAACCCCAUCACCGAAGCCAUCGACGACGCACUGCAACUCAUCGACUCCAUCAUCAACAAGCGCAGCGCCGCCGCCAUCGCCUCCGGCGAGAAAACCAAGCGCGACACUAAAUACCGUGAGAGCGUGGUGCGCAAGAAAUGGGCCGCCGGCCUCGACGAGAGGGCGUUUUGA